UACUCCCACCAAUUGCUCAACGUGAACGCUGCCGAAAGGAGCGAAAGAGAAAGAGAGAGAACGGAGUGAUAGUGACACGUGCCGCCUUGCGGCGCCUACUUGGUUGCAGCAUUCUGUCGAAGGGCCCCCUGUCACUAGAUCGUCAGAGUUGACUCAACGGAACACAACGCACAACUACUCCGAGGAACUACUGAUUAGCAGCAGACUACUGAGGGCAGCACUCCAUGCGACACUUUGUCUCGCGUUUAUCAAUGGCACGAUCGUGCCGGUUCGGACAGCAUGUGUCACCGGGCUGGUACCCCGGUGGAGUGUCAGUGUGACCUUGAGCAAGUGCAACGAGCGCAAGUGACGACGAACUGGCCGUCGCAAAGAUCGUUAUAGAUAGACAGAUUAGAGUAAAAGUUCAAUAAGCGACAUCGUGCGAACGGAACGGAACGUCACGUUCACGAACGUGAAAGGAAGGAUCAACAAGCAGGACGAUGGCAUACAAUGGAUUGUCGCAGCAUGUGGACUUUGGCCGACUGCCGAGCCCGAGCGAACGGUUCGAGCUGCUGGAUCUGAUCGGCGAAGGCACCUACGGUGAGGUCUACAGUGCAAAGGACAAACACACCGGCCGGAAGUAUGCAGUUAAGAUACUCGAGAGCAUCGCGGAUAACAUCGAAGAGAUCGAGGAGGAGUACCUGGUGCUGCGCGAUCUCUCCAAGCAUCCCAACAUUCCCGACUUUGCCGGUCUCUUCCUGAAGCGGGGCACCACGGUCGAGGAUGACCAGCUGUGGUUCGUGCUGGAGCUCUGCACCGGUGGUUCGGUCACGGAUCUGGUACAAGGUUUACGAAGCCGUGGAGCGCGCCUAUCCAACAACCAGAUUGCCUACAUACUACGGGAAACCGUGCAGGCGCUGGUGUUUCUACACGAGAACCACUGUAUGCACCGUGACAUCAAGGGUCACAACAUACUGCUGACGGAGACGGGCCAUGUCAAGCUGGUGGACUUUGGUGUCAGCUCGCACCUGGCGGCUACGAUGGCACGCCGGAACACGAGCGUCGGCACACCGUACUGGAUGGCACCGGAGGUGAUCGCUUGUGAGCAGCAGCUAGACCAAUCGUACGAUUCCCGGUGUGACGUCUGGUCGAUCGGUAUUACGGCGAUCGAACUGGCCGAAGGUGAUCCACCACUCUGCGAGCUUCAUCCAAUGAGAGCGCUCUUCCAGAUCCCGAGGAAUCCACCACCGAAGCUAGCACACCCCGAGCAGUACUCUUCGAUGUUGUCCGAUUUUAUUGCCGAAUGUUUGGUGAAGGACCUGGAGCAGCGUCCUUUUUCGAAGGAGCUGGCAACCCAUCCCUUCCUUAAGAGUGUUGGCCCGUACGUGGAUCAGAUACGACAGGAGCUACGAUCGGAGAUCGCGCGCCAACGGGAGGAUGGUCGUGCGCCAAGUCAAGCGAUAGCGACGACCAAAUACGGCAAGUUAAAGUCCGAUCGUAAAUCAAAACCACAACCCAUGUACAUGGACGAUCUGGCCACGCUGGAUGUGCUGACGGAGGAUGCGAUCGUGGAGCAGCUGCAGAAGCGUUUCGAAACGAAUCAAAUCUAUACCUACAUCGGCGAUAUACUGAUCGCGGUCAAUCCGUUUAGUCAGGUGGGUCUUUAUACGACGCAGCACCAGCGCAAGUAUGCGGCCCAGGCGCGAUCGGACAAUCCACCGCAUAUCUUUGCGAUCGCGGAUGCAGCCCAUCAAGCGUUGGUGCAUCAGCGACAGAACCAAGCGAUCGUCAUAUCGGGCGAGAGUGGUUCGGGCAAGACGGAGAGCGCCAAUCUGCUGCUCAAGCAACUGGUCUACCUGGGCAAAGCGGUCACGAAGAACUUGGAGGAACGGAUCCUGCAGGUGAACCCAAUCAUGGAAGCGUUCGGCAAUGCGCGGACGGGCAUCAACUCGAACAGCUCACGGUUCGGGAAGUAUCUCGAGCUAACGAUGGCCAAGAGUGGCAAGGUGAAUGGGGCGCGGAUCUUCGUGUAUCUGCUGGAGCAGAGCCGUGUAGUGAAGCAAGCGGAAGGUGAGGGCAACUUCCACGUGUUCUACUACAUGUACGAUGGUCUACAGUCGGAGGGUCGGCUCGAGGAGUACUAUCUGCAUCCGUCGUACCGGAAGACGCACCGGUAUCUGCAGGAAACGGCGACGCUACCGAAGACGAACGUCGAGCGGUGGAGACAGCUGCUGGCGAGCUUCAAGGUGCUCGGCUUUAAGGACGAGGAGAUCGACAUGGUAAACCGGGUGUUGGCGGCCAUCCUCAAUCUCGGUGACAUCGAGUUCGGUGAGAUGGAGGCGAACGAUAACACGGAUAGCCGGGCGCGCGUGAUCGACGUGGCACCGAUGCAUCGCGUGUCGAAGCUGCUGGGUGUCGAUUCGGCCGAUCUGCUCGAUGCGCUCUCCUCGAACUCGGUCGUGACGCGCGGUGAAACGAUUACGCGCCAUAAUAAUGUGUCCGAGGCUAGUACGGCACGGGA